GCUGUUAUCACUUGUUAUCUUGAACCUCAGAGGACGAGGUCUUUUUUCUGGCUUAGCUUAUCGGAAGCUUUCAUAGGCAAGAUAUGGCCCCGUUAAAUACCCCUCCAUUUUAAGUCUAGAUAUUUCCUACCUCUCAAUUCCAUCUUUCUCUCUUGAUGUGUAUUCGUCAGGCAUAUCACAAUGUCUGGAGCCUUCAAAAGAUUUCGAGCUCGGGAUCCUGCCGUCGAUUCGGAAAGCAUUUCUUCCCCUAACGAUUCCAUCGUGAUAUCACACAAUCGAUCUGAUACUAUUGAAAAGGUGGAAGAGAAAGAUGUCGCAACAUCAACUGCUCGUGACAUUGAAGAGGCAGAAGCAAAUCGCAAGUUAGCAGCAUUCGAGCAACUCCAUCGAUGGGAUCCAAAUCUGGGUCAGGACCAAUUGGAAGAAAUUGAUGAUGCUGUCAAUAGCCGAGAUGCAAAUGCAGAGGGAAGGAUUUAUGAUGAAGUGUUUGAGAACUCACCGUACCCUGAGGUAGGCCAAUGUGGGGUUCUUGUUUUUAUUCCAUCUAAACCAAGCAUAGGUUCGUGCAGCGGUCAGAAAUUAUGAUGAAGACCUCCCAUCUAAUACAAUUCGAGCAUGGGCAAUUGGACUCUUGCUCUGCACUAUUGCAUCUGGUCUGAACUCUCUUUUCUCGCUUCGAGCCCCUUCAUUAACAAUUACAUCCAUCGUCGUUCAAAUGGUGGCAUAUCCUCUCGGAGUAGGCUGGACCAUGAUAUUCCCAGAUCGUACCUUUAACACGUUUGGAGUAAAAUGGAACCUCAGUCCCGGAAAAUUCAACAUGAAGGAACAUGGCCUUAUAGUCAUCAUGGCAAAUGCUGCCUUCGGACAGGGAGUAGCAUAUUUUACCGACACACUUACCGCGCAAAGAGGAUUCUACGGACAGAACUUUGGUUGGGGUUUCAAUAUCUUGCUCGCCCUCACUACACAAUGUAUUGGGUUUGGAAUCGCAGGCAUGAUGCGGAAAUUCCUCGUCGAUCCAGCUUCUAUGAUCUGGCCGCAAACACUCGUUAAUACUUCUUUCAUUUAUGCCUUGCAUGACCAUAGCAAGACCGAUCCUGCAAAGUCGAAUGGUUGGUCUAUAGCUAGAUAUAGAUAUUUCCUUUAUGUUUUUAUUGGAUCAUUUGUCUGGUAUUGGUUUCCGGGCUACAUUGCAAAAUUCUUGAGUGUUUUUGCCUUUACUACCUGGAUCCGACCGAAUAAUGUUAUUAUUAACCAAGUCUUUGGUGGAUGGACGGGUAUUUCUCUUAUUCCUAUUACCUUUGACUGGACUCAAAUUACUGGUAAGUUGGUAUCUGUCGAACUACGUAAGAUCCAUCGGCGGGCUAACCACUGACUACUUUGAUAGGCUAUAAUCUACAGUCUCCACUCAUUCCACCUUGGUUUGCAAUUGCUAACACAGCUAUCGGUACUGUUUUUUGGUUCAUGAUUGUGACGGCUGGAAUUCACUUCUCGGGCCAUUGGUAUGCCAAAUGGUUACCUAUCUCUGACUCAAAUAGUUAUGAUAAUACUGCAAAACAUUAUAAUGUUACCAAGAUUCUAACGCCAGAAUACACCCUUGAUAUUGAGAAGUAUAAGGUAUGUAUUCUCUCGCUUAGUGACUGAGGGUAAGCGGACAUGUACACUAAUUUCAUCAUAGGAAUACUCACCCUUGUUUCUUUCAACCACGUUCAGCCUUACGUAUGGUUUAUCCUUUGCAGCUAUUUCUGCUGUGAUAUUUCAUACUAUUUUGUUUCAUGGCCAAGAAAUCGUAAGUAUACACACUUCACAAAUUGCAUAUCCUGUUUGCGACAGCCUCUAAUGAAAUAUUUGCCAGUGGAUACUCGCCCGUGCAAUUCGCGGAAGUCUAGACGACAACCACACAAAAAUGAUGCGGAAAUACAAACCUGUACCCGGCUGGUGGUAUAUUACCUUCUUUCUCAUCAUGAUGGCUAUGGCCCUUGCAGCCGUAUGUGCAUAUCCAACUCAUCUAACAUGGUGGGCACUAAUUAUUGCCCUCCUAAUUUCUCUCGUCUGGACUAUCCCUAUCGGUAUCAUCUACGCAACCACCAAUGUUCAUCUCGGUCUCAACGUGUUCACAGAAUAUAUAAUAGGAUAUAUGCUUCCUGGCCGUCCUGUCGCUCUCAUGUUAUUUAAAACUUACGGGUACAUUACUAUGAACCAAGCACAUGCUUUUCUAUCCGAUUUGAAACUCGCUCAUUACCUUAAGAUUCCUCAGAGGCCGGUCUUUUGGGGUCAACUCGUUGCCACGGUUUGGAGUUGUUUCGUCCAGCUAGCCGUAUUAGAGUGGGCAUUAGGUCACAUUGAUGGCAUAUGUACCAGUAGUCAAAAAAACAACUUCACCUGUCCCGGUCCUCGAGUCUUCUUCAACGCCAGUGUAAUCUUCGGAUUAAUUGGACCUCAACGCAUUUUUGGCAGUGGCGCCAUAUACGGCUCUCUUCAGUAUUUUUGGUUAGCAGGUGCACUGCUUCCCUUCCUCGUAUAUUUCCUCGCACGCGCAUUCCCCAAAUCCAAGGUCCGAUAUUUCAGCGCCCCAAUCUUCUUCGGUGGUAUGUCUGAAUUACCACCUGCUACUCCACUUAAUUAUUUGAGUUGGUGUUUGUACGGAUUUAUUUUUCAGAAAUAUAUUAAGAAUCGUUGGAGAGGGUGGUGGAUGCGUUUUAAUUAUAUUACGAGCGCGGGAUUAGAUGCUGGGUUGGCGAUUUGUACGAUUGUUAUUAUUGCGGCAUUGAAUUUGACGGGGACGGGGUUUCCGAAUGUGAGUUUAUCUUUUUGCAUUGGGAAUAUAGGAAUCAAGGGCUAACGAUGGUUGAUAGUGGUGGGGUAAUAGAGCACCGGGGAGUACGAUGGAUUAUCUGGAGACGGCUGUGCAGAGGAAGCUCGCUGCUGGGGAGACUUUUGGACCACCGAAAGGAACUUGGGGUUAAACGGAUUUCGUAUUUUUCGCUUGAGAUGGUAAGCGUCCCGGCUACCUUUCCAGGUUGCUAUUUGAUGACUAGAAACAAUGAAGAAUAUAAUAAGACGAGUGUACAAAAUUUGGUAUGAUAUACGAGUCAAAUUAAUGAUAGAAAUAGCUGUGUUUAGACAAGGAUAGAUACUCUGGCUAUCCGCUACAAGGCCCAAUGCUACCGCAGAAUACUAUCACUUGAUAAACAAUUGACAUUGCUUUAAUGGAUACUUC